UGAUUGGUCGCUUGCUCCGCCGCUCAUUACUCGUCCGACGAUGACUCGGUGAAGAACGAUUGCAAAUCAGUGCUCGAAGAACAGUGUCGAUAAGGAUUUUUAUUCGUCUGAACCGUGCCUUCGCAAGAAUCUAUAAGUCAUGAAUAUUCUCGGUUCUGUAGUGCUUUUGAUAAGUUUGAUCCUGUCAGGAUGCCGAGCCAGCGAAUCAAACACAACCGGAGGGUUGCCCAUCGUUUUGUGGCACGGAAUGGGCGACACUUGUUGUUUCCCCUUCAGUUUGGGAGGCUUCAAAACAUUCUUGGAAGCAGAACUUGGAGUGUACGUCAAGUCGGUUGAGAUCGGCAACUCGAUCGUAACAGACUACAAAAGUGGUUAUUUAAUUCACCCAAACAGGCAGGUUGAAGAUGUUUGUCGUCAGCUGAACAACGAUCCAAAACUGUCGAGUGGCUUCAAUGCGAUCGGUUUCUCCCAGGGCGGACAAUUCCUACGUGCGACGGUCCAGCGCUGCUCCGGUCUUAAAAUGAACAAUCUGAUCACCCUGGGUGGACAGCACCAGGGUGUAUUUGGAUUGCCGUAUUGUCCAUCGCUGAGUAGUAAAACGUGCGAGUAUUUCCGACAGCUGCUCAACUAUGCUGCCUAUGCACGGUGGGUGCAGGACUAUCUCGUGCAAGCCACCUAUUGGCACGAUCCGCUAAAUGAGUACGUUUACAAGGAAUCAAGCAGCUUCCUGGCAGAUAUCAACAACGAGCGAACGGUGAACGAAAGCUACAUCACAAACUUGCAGAGCUUGAACAAAUUUGUCAUGGUGAAGUUUACCAAGGACAAAAUGGUGCAACCAAUCGAGUCACAGUGGUUCGGAUAUUACAAACCGGGGCAAGACGUGGAGGUUCAAAAGCUAGAAGAAUCUGAAAUAUUUUUGAAGAAUCGUCUUGGUCUCCAAGAAAUGCACCAAAGCAAUAAGCUGGUGUUUUUGGAAUGUGAGGGCAACCAUUUGCAGUUCACUAAGGAAUGGUUCAAAACCAAUAUAUUUCCGUUUUUGUGAACCGAACAGUAGAAUAGAACUCGAAUAAAACAUGAUUUUAUAUUAUCUGAAUUUAUAUAAGACUGAAGUUGUACUGUCAUGUUAUAUACUCAUCGUCAAAAUAAAUUGAUAGUUGGGGUGGUUUAAA